AUGCAGAGACAGCACAGCGGCAUGGUUGUCAAAAGAAAGUACAAGAGAUACUCCAAACAAAAAAUGACCUACCUUGGUCUGAUCGCCUAUGUCAUUCAGAAUGCGCCUGAGAAAAGAUUAACGUUUUGCGAGUUAAUGAAUGAGAUUGGUACAUUUGUCGUUGGGGAUCGAAAAGGACUUGAAAAUAACAUAAGAGUCUGUUUAUCAUUAAACGACUGUUUUGUAAAGGUGCCCAUAAAUCCAGAGUGUCCCAACGCAAGACGCAAUUUUUGGAAAUUGGAUGACAGUAAAAUUACUCCAAAGAUGAUGCGACGACACUUCAACGGUAUACGCGAUAUGUUUCCUGACAUUUAUGGAAACUCAGAAACUACAUCCACGAAAAAUGCAACUGCAAAAAAAGUUAAGAAGAGCAGCAAUGGCACCGAGACAGAACAGAAGUUCACCAGCUCAUUUUCCAUAGAGUCAAUUUUGCAGCGGGAAAACAGCGCCCCCACGAGUCCUGCCUAUUUUCCAAGAACCUUCACAAAUGUUUGUCCUGGCCUAACACCAAGUGCAGACUACAGGUUGGCCUGCAAGAGGAAGACAUGGGACUACCAGGAUCAAAUGCAAUAUGACCAUUUCAGAAGAUCAUAUUCACACUUUUCUUUCCCAUCUUACUGUCUGGGCCAGAGGAGUGAGGGAUGCAGUCCUAUGAACCCCCCAUCUAGGAUGUGCACUGCUCCUGAACUGUCUUAUAACUAUACAGCUUUUGACAACAAUAGGCAAUUCACCUCUAACUCUGUGGCCUGGGCUUACAUAUAA